UGAGAUGUUUUUGCCCAGCCCUUUUUGGAGUCACGUGGGUCCUGUCAGCGCUCUCGUGACUCUUUGGGGCAGAUAACAGUGGGGACCAGGCGUGCCGUAGUUUGCGUGUUGUUAUUGGUCAGCAGCGCGUCUCAUUCAGACCCAUCCAUCCGUCCGUCCGUCCGUCCGUUCGUCUGUCCGUCUGGGCCGGUCGUGUCCGCCAGGCCCGGUCCAUGCGCGCAUCCGCCUGCCCGCAGCCUGUGCUUGAGAUCCGGGACGUCUCCGCCGAGCCGAGGCGCGCUCGGCCAGCCAUCCGGAGCAGACGCUCACCCGAAGGAAGGCGCUGUCAAGCAGGAAGUGCAUGAAAGUGAGUGGAGAGGCUCAGCGAGGGCCACUAAAGUCAUUGUAUCAGCCAUGACGAACGAACACACCCCGCUGAUCACCUCGGGGGUCUGUGGUCUCACCGUGACCGCGGCCACGCCAGAGCCACCCCCCACAGGGACAGACCCCGCCCCGGACCCCAGUGCCGGGGCGCAGACCCCGGACCCCCGAAAGCUCAACACCUUUUUCGGGGUGAUGGUGCCCACCAUCCUGUCCAUGUUCAGCAUCGUGCUGUUCCUGAGGACAGGGUUUGUGGUUGGUCAUGCCGGCCUGCUGCAGGGUCUUUUAAUGAUGGUUGUAGCCUACACCAUCAUAUCGCUCACAAUUCUGUCUAUCUGUGCCAUUUCCACCAACGGCGCCAUUCAGGGUGGUGGAGCCUACUACAUGAUCAGCCGGUCUUUGGGACCCGAGUUUGGAGGAAGCAUCGGUCUGAUGUUCUUCCUGGCUAAAGUAUGUGCAUGUGGCGGGUAUGUUCUGGGUCUUGUGGAAGCCAUACUUGAUGUGUUUGGAGAAGAUCCCGAGUCCACAGGUCUGAAGGGGGUGCGCGUGCUUCCUCAGGGCUACUGGUGCACAGUUCUGUACUCCUCGGUGAUCCUCCUGCUGUGCCUGCUCGUGUGUCUAGUGGGCGCCCACAUCUACUCUCGCACCGCCUUCGCCAUCCUGCUGGUGGUCACGGCCUCAUUGUUGUCCGUCUUCAUCAGCUCUGUAGCAGUCAAACCAAAGAACAUUAUCAUCACCCACCCGGGCCCCGGUAACCAGACCCUGCGCUACAACGCCAGCUACACUGGCUUCAGCGCCACCACGCUGAGGAACAACCUGGGCCCUGAUUACUCCUUGGAUUACAGCACCAACACCACCAUGUCUUUUGCAACUGUGUUUGCCGUGAUGUUCACCAGCUGUACUGGGAUCAUGGCCGGUGCCAACAUGUCAGGCGAGCUGAAGACUCCGAGCAUCUCCAUCCCUAAAGGCACCAUCAUAGCUGUCGUGUACACUUUCACAGUCUUUGUCGUUCUCUUAAUUUUGGUCAGCGCCACCUGUGACAGGACCCUUUUGAUUCAGGAUUAUGGGUUCUUGCAGCAAAUCAACUUGUGGCCCCCAUUUGUGACUAUCGGGAUAUACUGCUCCUCUCUGUCGGCUGCCAUGUGCGCCAUGAUCGGAGCCUCUCGCAUUCUCCACGCCCUCGCUCUGGACCACCUCUUUGGUUUGCCUUUAGCACCAGCUGCCAUCACAUCACAGUCUGGAAAUCCAUGGGUGUCGGUGCUGUACACCUGGGGCCUUGCACAGUGUGUAGUCUUUGCAGGGCAGCUCAACGCCGUGGCCGGUCUGGUGACCGUCUUCUACCUGCUGGCCUACGCUGCAGUGGACCUGGCCUGUUUGGCUCUUGAGUGGGCCUCUGCCCCAAACUUUAGGCCGACCUUUCAGCUCUUCUCCUGGCACACCUGCCUGCUGGGGAUUGUCAGCUGUUUGGUCAUGAUGUUCGUCAUUAACCCCGUUUACUCAUCAGGCAGCAUCGUCCUGCUGCUGCUGCUGCUGCUGUUCCUGCACUACCGGUCGCCCACCAGCAGCUGGGGCUACAUCAGCCAGGCCCUCAUUUUCCACCAGGUUCGGAAGUACCUGUUGAUGCUGGAUGUGAGGAAAGACCACGUGAAGUUCUGGCGGCCCCAGGUGUUGUUGAUGGUGUCCAACCCACGCUCCUCCUGUCAGCUCAUCCUGUUUGUCAACCAGCUGAAGAAGGGAGGACUGUUCGUGUUGGGUCACGUGCAGCUGGGAGAUCUGGACACCCUGCCUUCAGACCCAGUCCAGCAGCAGUAUAAUUUCUGGCUAAGCCUUGUGGAUAAACUUGGAGUGAAGGCCUUUGUAGACCUGACGCUCUCUCCCUCCGUCAGACAAGGAACGCAGCACCUGUUGCGAAUAACAGGCCUCGGUGGGAUGAAGCCCAACAUGCUGAUUUUGGGUUUCUAUGACGGCUGCACCCCCGACGACUUCUUCCUACAAGAUUCUGCCUUCUGCCCCUCAUCAGAGGAGCAAGGCACUGAGGGGGAAUAUAAUUUUGGGAUUGACCUGCCUUCAUUACAGGCCCAUUUCCCCCCUGUUCGGCAUGUUGAGAGCCCACGAUGGCUGUCCCCAGAGGAAUACGUCGGCAUCAUUUCUGAUGCCAUGAAAAUGGGUAAAAACGUGUGCCUCGGCCGAUACUUCUUCCAGCUACAGGGAGAAGGCAAAGACAGCAAAGUGGACGGAUCCGAGCGGACUAUAGACGUGUGGCCCCUCAACCUGCUGCAGCCGGGCAGCCACGACUACCAGGACGUGUGCAGCCUCUUCCUGCUGCAGAUGGCCUGCGUGCUGAACAUGUCCAACAAAUGGCGCAACGCACGAAUGCGGAUCUUCCUGAACGUGCAGGGCGGGUCCCGCGACCAGGGCUGGGUGGUGAACGAGGAGACGUUCCGCGAGCUGCUGAGGAAGCUGCGGAUCAGGGCGUCCAUCAAGAUCGUGCCGUGGGACUCCGUGGAGCAGCACCACCCUCUGCCAGAGGGGCAGCGCAGCGCCGAGCCCCUGCCGGCCCUGUCGGAGGACUACCUGUCCGCGGUGAACGGCAUGUUGGCGCUGCACAGCUCACAGGCCGCCGUUCGCUUCCUGUAUUUGCCGCGGCCCCCUCCCCGCCACAGCCUGUACCAGCAGUACCUCGCUCAGCUGGAGACGGUGACCAACGGCCUAGGGCCAACACUCUUGAUCCACGGCGUCACCCCAGUCACAUACACUGAACUCUGA